AAGCAACCCUAAGCUUUCCCUGAAUGCCGGGUCCUGACCAAACCAGACACUAGACCUCUAUCUCAGUUAGAGCGUCGUGUCCUGACCUGGCCGAUGGUUGGGUGGGACUUGGCCCCCCUAGACCACCAAGUAACACGAAUUAAGCGUCUGUUCGGAGGUAGCUUAGUGUUGAGAUCCUGAUUCCGUAGUUCUGCUCUUGGUUUACCGGUGUGGGAGAUUGCUUCAGUAUAAAAGAAUGAGUGUCUUCACAUCCCAGCUGAAUCCCAUCACUGGGAAGAUGGAAUGGGAACUUCAGCCAGAAAAUUAUGAUUUUCAGCAGGAAGUUGCAAGGUCUGCAUAUGCUGACAUGCUCCACGAUCAAGAAAGAAAUGAUAAAUAUUAUGAAGGACUGAGGCGUUCAAUAGCGGAUUUACGGAGACGAGGACAGGAAGUUCAUGUUUUAGAUAUAGGAACUGGAACUGGUCUUUUGUCUAUGAUGGCUGUUUCUUGUGGAGCAGACACUGUGACUGCUUGUGAAGCCUUUUACCCAAUGGCUGAAUGUGCGAGAAAGGGAAUCAUUGCAAAUGGGUUUGCUGGUAAGGUACAUCUGGUUCCAAAACGCUCAACUGAACUUGAAGUUGGCCCAGGAAAGGACAUGGAAAGAAAGGCUAAUCUCUUGGUUGCUGAAGUAUUUGAUACAGAACUCAUAGGAGAAGGAGCUAUUGAAACUUACCGCCAUGCCCGUGAUUUUUUGUUAACUGAGGAUGCCCUGCUUGUUCCAUCAGAAGGCACUGUUUAUGCCCAAGUUGUGCAGUCUAGCAUGUUGCAAAGGUGGAAUCGUCUUCAAGAAGUUACAAGGAUUAAACCAGGAAGUAAUGAAAGAGAGGUUUUGGUAACUGUGCCCAAUUCAGUGCUGGAAUGUCCAGGUGCUGCUGCUGUGCAUGAUCUACAAUUAUCGCAGGUUCCUCAGAAAUGGUUUACUCCAAUUUCUAAGCCCCUUCCUGUAUUUUGGUUUGACUGGAGUGGAAGACGAAAAGAUAUACCUUGUGAUGACACAACACACGUAAAUUUCCAACCACUUGUUUCUGGGGAAUGUGAUGCAGUACUCAUGUGGUGGGAUUUACGUAUGGAUCAAGAUGGAGACGUUGUUCUAAGUUGUGCACCAUAUUGGGCUCAUCCGGACACUCUUGGCAGAUUGAAAAGCAGCAGUGAAGAUAUUCCAUGGAGAGAUCACUGGAUGCAAGCUGUUUACUAUCUUCCUCAACCUCAGAAAGUAGAAGCGGAGAAGCCUUUGAUGCUGGUGUCUAUGCAUGAUGAAUAUAGCUUAUGGUUUAACAUUCAGGAGGAUAUAAAUAAAGAGAUCUAUAUGGAUCGUCCUGUUUGUGAAUGCGGUAUUCAUAUUGUGUCGUCUAGAACGCGAAUAGGGCAGCUGAAUGAUCCAAGAAGGUUAAAAACAUACAUUCGUGUUCUAGAGAAACUUAUUACCCCAGACAGUAUUUGUCUUACUCUUGGAGAUUGUUGUCUUAUGGCAAUAGUUGCUGCUAAGUUAGGAGCCCAGCAUGUUUAUAUGACAGAGGGUCCAGGUACUAGAAAAGUCAUAGAGGAUUUCAUUAGCAUCAAUAAGCUCCAGCACAAAAUUACGAUACUUCCAGGAGACAUCAGUGAAGUGACAACUGACCAGCUAAUAGCACCUGUAACAGUGGUGUUCAGUGAACCAUUUUUUACGACAACGUUAUUACCUUGGCAUUCAUUAUAUUGCUGGUACAUGCGAAAUAGUUGCUUACACUUAAUGGCUGAUGGAGCUACCAUUCUACCGUCAUCUGUUUCCAUAUGGGGCUUGCCUGUACAAUUUAGGGAUCUUUGGAAGAUUAGAGCACCUCUUCAUCAUGUUAAUGGCUUUAACAUGAAUAUAUUUGACAAUCUCAUUGAAAAAGCAUGUGAAGAAGCAGAUGACAAAGUUGAACCUCAGCCACUGUGGGAAUACCCUGCCAAAGCCAGGGGACAACCUGUGCUCUUGCUGAAACUUGAUCUCAGCAAAGGUAUUCCAGAAAAUCAUGUUAGUUCAACGGGAUCAGUUGCUUUGCCGGAUGCAGGUAUCAUUAAUGGAGUAGCAUUGUGGGUUGACUGGCACCUAACGACUGAUCCUGAGGACACUUUAACAACUGGUCCUGUUGAACCUGUUGUCCUUCAUGAGAAUAUUAGAUGGGAUGUCUACACACGUCAAGGCAUCUAUCUCUUAAGAGAACCUGUAAAUCCAAAGAAUUCAAUUUCAAGCCAGCUCUUUUACUCAACUACUUUUCAGCCUAGUGAUGGUACUGUUAAGUUUGAUUUUCAAAUCAAAGUGUAGUAGUGUUAUAUGUAGAUAUUUGCAUUAGCCAAAGAUGAUACAAUAUUUUAAAAUUUAUUUUGUUAUACUGUUGAUAUGAAGCAUAAGGCAAAAAUAGCAGUUCCAUUAAUACAUAAGCAAUAUGCUCAUAUCAGUAUAUGCAUUUUGGGGCCUAGCAAGGUGUGCCUAUCAAUGUUAUUGAACUUACAGUAGAAUUAUCCUACCUUUUCUUGGUAGCCUUAAUAUAUUUAAUAUGACUGCAUUUGGAGAUUGUGUAGUGCCAUACUUCCCCAGUGGAGCUAGGCAUAGCUUAUUAAAUAUUUUUAAUUCAUUCAGAUAAUUGUGUACUGUACAGUAUUAUUUUUAUUCUGUGUCAGUUAAUAUUUUUUGUGAAUUUAACAUGUAUUUUAUAAAGUCAAUGUAUAGCAUGUUUACAGUUUUCAGGUGCUGAAGCUUACAGUGAAAUACAUUUGUUAUUUUGAUAAA